UAAGGUUUACUUUAUGCAAACUGACGACGAGUUAUACAAGUCGGAAGUAAAUACUAUGAAAACUCUUUACGAACAGAAUUUCCCGUCUUUCUGUUCCGAAUUCCGUCCUCCGGUUGGAGCGCUGUCUGUGUGGAUGAUCAUCGCCUGAACACAGCCCACUUCCUCAGGUGACAGGCUGAGCCUACCGCCCCCUCCCAUCAGAGAUGCUUCUGUACGAGGUUGACAGCACAACGCAGGACCAGCAACUGCCUCCGCAGCGCUUAUAGGGAAUUAAAGACGCCAGAAAACUUGACCUAAGCGUCUAAUUUGUACUUAUAUAGAUCACAGGAUCCGUUCGGUCAUUUUUAAACCAACACGCCAAAGAGCAAAGAAGGCGACGGACGGAGCUAACGUUAGUUUAAACUCCACAGACAACCGGCUUCUCUUUCCCCCCCACCUCUCAUCUCCUCCUUGUUUUAGUAUCACUUAGAUGCGAUGACAGACUCGGCAGUGGACAGCAAGACGGAGGUCAAGCAGGCCACUAAAUAUGUCAAAGAGACGGAAAACGUCGCGGAAAAAUACUCCGCAUUGACCGUCAGCAAGAACAGCAGCGACGUGAACAUGAACGUUGGAGAGAUGCCCUCUGCGGCGUUCACCGCAGUCCCGACUCUGAAGUCGGUGAAGAAGAUCCAGUUUGCGAAUGCAGAGGACAAGCAGGAGUUCAGCAAGUUUCCGACCAAGGCGGGUCGCCGCUCGCUCUCACGCUCCAUCUCCCAGUCCUCCACAGACAGCUACAGCUCAGCUGCUUCUUACACCGACAGCUCGGAUGAUGAAACCUCCCCCCGGGACAAAGCCCAGGUCAACAGCCACGGCAGCACCGACUUCUGUGUGAAGAACAUCAAACAGGCUGAAUUUGGACGGCGGGAAAUUGAAAUAGCAGAGCAAGACAUGUCUGCCCUGAUCUCGCUGAGGAAGAGAGCCCAGGGGGAGAAGCCCCUGGCCGGGGCGAAGAUAGUGGGCUGCACCCAUAUCACUGCUCAGACAGCCGUCCUGAUUGAAACUCUGGUGGCCCUCGGGGCCCAGUGCCGCUGGACUGCCUGUAACAUCUACUCCACUCAAAACGAGGUGGCCGCUGCUCUCGCUGAAACUGGUGUACCUGUGUUUGCUUGGAAAGGUGAAUCAGAGGACGACUUCUGGUGGUGCAUCGAUCGCUGUGUCAACAGGGACGGCUGGCAGGCCAAUAUGAUCUUGGACGAUGGUGGAGAUUUGACUCACUGGGUUUACAAGAAGUAUCCCAGCGUGUUCAAGAAGGUCCGAGGAAUCGUGGAGGAGAGCGUCACUGGUGUUCACAGAUUGUAUCAGUUGUCUAAGGCGGGCAAACUGUGCGUCCCUGCGAUGAAUGUGAACGACUCGGUUACGAAGCAGAAGUUUGACAACCUCUACUGCUGCCGCGAAUCUAUUCUGGAUGGCUUGAAAAGGACCACGGACAUAAUGUUUGGAGGCAAACAAGUGGUUGUGUGUGGUUAUGGGGAGGUGGGAAAAGGCUGCUGCACUGCUCUUAAAGCCCUUGGCGCCAUUGUGUGCAUCACAGAGAUUGACCCCAUCUGUGCUCUGCAGGCAUGCAUGGACGGAUUUCGAGUGGUCAAGCUGAGCGAGGUCAUCCGGCAGAUGGACGUGGUGAUAACUUGCACUGGGAACAAGAACGUUGUUUCCAGAGAGCACCUUGACCGAAUGAAAAAUGGCUGCAUUGUCUGCAAUAUGGGGCAUUCCAAUACAGAGAUCGAUGUGGCGAGUCUACGCAGCCCCGAGCUGACCUGGGAGAGGGUUCGCUCUCAGGUCGACCACAUCAUCUGGCCUGAUGGGAAAAGGGUUAUUGUGCUGGCAGAGGGUCGUCUUUUAAAUCUGAGCUGUUCUACAGUGCCUACGUUCGUGUUGUCCAUCACUGCUACUACUCAGGCUCUAGCCUUGAUUGAGCUGUACAAUGCUCCAGAAGGACGAUACAAACAAGAUGUGUAUCUUCUGCCCAAGAAAAUGGAUGAGUACGUGGCCAGUUUGCACUUGCCCAACUUUGAUGCCCACCUGACAGAGCUGUCCGAUGAGCAGGCUAAGUACAUGGGGCUGAACAAGAACGGCCCGUUUAAGCCAAAUUAUUACAGGUACUAAUAAAGAUGUCUGCUACUCAGUGAAACGUUGCCCUGGGAUAAACAGAGAUAUCUAUUUUAUUUUCUAAACUACUGCAAAACGGAGGAAUUAUUUUACUUAUGCUGAAUGUAACUUAUUAAUAGCACCUUAGGAGUAGAUCUAAAUAUUUCAGGAUAAGACAUAUAGAGAACUUAUAAUAUAUAAUGAACUAACAUGGGUCUGUCUUGUGUUCAGAGAGUAUCCUACUUGCAUGCAUUGAUGUUUUCGUGUAUUUAGUUGUUAAUGAGUUUUUGUUUCCUGAUCACAGAGCUGUCGAUUUGUUCGUUUACUCUAUUUAACGCACAGUGCCAAACGAUGGCCGUUUCUGUUUCGUUUGUCAGUGGUGUGGAGAAUUUAUGGGCACAUUUUUUGAACCAGAGUUUAGGCUGAGCCAAAGCAAGCUCUGUGAUGGUAUGCACAUUAUCUUAGUCGUUUCGUAUGCAUGAAAGCAUUUUUUAAUGCUGCCUGCACACAAGCCCUAAAAGGUAACAUCCACUAGAUCAUGAAGAAUAAAAAAAUGUGUUUAUAUGCAUUUUUUUGUAACAAUACAACCAAAAGCUUCAAUAUUUUCAUUGGGAUUUUUUGACAGCAUCGCAAGGUAGUUGAAGGAUACGGGAUUUUCCAAAUGUAUACAAAUAAAAAUCUGAAGAGUCUUACAUCCAGCAGUUUUCUUCUCCCCCCCUGAGUCAAAGCUUUGUAUAACCACCUUCUACUCAAAUUAGAGCUGCACGUCUUUAGAGACUAACGUUUUGUCCAUUCCUCUUUGCAAAAUAGUUCAAACUUAUUCUGAUUGGAUGGAGGCCUUUGGUUCAGAUUUCAUUGUAGCUCUGGUUGUUUAGGCUGAAAGUUAAACCUCCACCCCCGUCUCAAACUUGCUGCCUCUGGUUUCCUUUCCGGACUCCCAAAUUAACUCUGACAACUUUCCAAUAAUUCCUGCUGAAGAGAAACAUCCCCCUUGCAUUAUGCUGCCGCCACCAUGUUACACAGUUGGGACAGUGUGCACUUUUCCACUGCAAAGUGCAAAACUGUUAGUUAAAAUUGUUUUACUUUUGUGUCAUCUGACCAGAACACUUUCCUCCACAUAUUUACUAAAUCUUCUAUGCGGCUUGUGGUAAAAGUUUUUGCCUUCGUUCUCCACAAUCCUUUUUGUAGAGUUCACAACUAGUAGUAGUGUUGUCAACAGAUUCUCCAACAUGAGCUGUUGACCUCUGCAGCUCCUCCAGAGUAACCUCUUGUUCUGCUUCUCUGACUAAUGAAUCAUUUUUCCAUUUUCAGAUGAAUACUGAUAAGGUAGGGGCAUUGUGGUAAAAAAGUGCUUGACUCACUUUCAGAUUUUUAUUUGCAAAACAAAUAGGAAAAAAUUUAAACAAUUAAUCGUUUUUUUCUCACUCCACAAAUAUGCUGCUGUGUGUUGCUUUAUCAAAUAAAAUCCCUUGAAGUUUCUGGUUGAAACGUAAAAAAGGUGAAAAAGCUUAAAGGAUGUGAAUACUUUUUUAAAGCACUGCAAUUUAACAUUACAAUCUAAAGAAGUUUAUUUAACAAAAGAAAAAAAUAACAGAAAUUGUUAAUUUUGACACAGUACAGUAUGUGUUAAAAAUAAAGGCUUUACAUAUACCUGAAGGGAACUUGGGAAAAACCUGAAGAGUAAAGCCACAAGAGCUCUCUCAAUAAGUGACUCCCCUAAUUUAUUUCCAACUUUCCAUUUGCUCUGACACAUUCCAGUCCUGAUCUCUGUCACUGUAAAAACCUUUUGCCUGAAUGAUGCCUUUAAAGGCCAUGGUAUGAGUGUGCCUUUUUGAUUUUUUUAUAAUCCUGUAUUCAAAGAGGUUGGGACACUGUUUCAAAAGGAAGAAAAAUGCAUGAUUUUUUCUCUCUCUAGAAAGAGAAAUUUUGAUCUUUCUGGUUAAGAAUGAUUGUUUUUAUCGGAAAAAAUAAAAGACUAACAUUUCUGUCUGUGAGAACCAAAUGCUAGCAGCAGAGAAACCUCAUUUAAACAGUUACAUUUUAUUUCUAUUAAAACUUUAGACCCAAAGUUUUAAUGGGUUUGAGUAUCUGCACUAUUUGCUCCAGUUUGGAAAUCCCAUGAGUGUCCGAACUUGUUUUGAAACAGGUUUUCUAUACCAACCAUCAGCGCUGACCUUAAUUUAGCGAAUCAUCAUUCCUUUUUUUAACAAAACCUAUUUAAACGUAACGUCUUCCUUCCACUACUUAUGGUACUAAUUGUAACUUUAACAUAUGAGAUGUAUUUUAAGAAAAAUAAUGAACUUUAUGUCUGGCGUAUGAUUGUCACUGUCUUAAUUUGAUUCAACUGUGUCACCUUAAUUAACCAUUUAUGUGAUUAAAAUAACUUUAAGUGUGUACUAUGUAUGUAAAUUCAUGCAUUAAAUCAGCAAUAAAGCAAAGCUUUUUAACUGA